AUGUGGAUAUUCGGCUACGGUUCCCUUUUGUGGUACACGAAUUUCCCGUACAUUCAGUCGGUUCCUGGUUUCGUCCGAGGAUACGUACGCAGAUUUUGGCAGGCGAGUCCUGAUCACCGCGGUACACCUGAAAAGCCCGGACGAACAGUGACGUUGGUGCCACAGGAAACCGGCGAAGUUUGGGGCAUCGCCUACCGCAUUGCAGACGAAAUCGUCGACGAUGUUUUGAAGUAUUUAUACUGGCGAGAGAAAGCUGGCUACGAAUGCAAGACCGUCCAGUUCUAUCCGCGUUCUGACGUCAAAAUGGACCCUUUUCCGUUACAGCUGUUCAUGUCACGAGGAGAGGGCACGGAAUAUUUCGUCACCGGCGAAUCAGAAGACGAAAUCGCUCGACGAGUAUGCUUAAUCGUCUCCUCUUCAGGACCAAGUGGAACAAAUAUCGAAUAUGUGCUUAGGCUAGCCAAACGGUUGCAUGAAAUUGGACCCGAGUCUAACGAUGAGCAUGUCGAACGCAUUGCGAAACUUGUGCUUUCUCUGUGUCAAGAGUUGAAAAUCAAAGACCCUGAUUUAACAGAUUACAUUAAAGACGCACUGACAAAGGGAUAG